CGCACCUCCCGUUCCCAUUCCCGUCCCCGGAGACGCGACGCGAGCGAGCGAGACAAACCACCUCGUCCCGACUCCCGAGCCGAACCGCACCGUCCGAUCCGUCCCGGUCUCGCUCUCCCCGAGCGGCGCGCGCGACUCCACCACGAAUCCGUCCUCCCUGAUCGAACCACCACCGAUCCGCCUACCUCGCCGCUCCGAUCGCUCGCACCGCACGCAAUGCCGCCCCGGCGCCGAGCGCACCGCCGGUCGCCGUGAGCCGCGACGGGGGAGAUCUCGCGCAGCCGCACCUCCAGCCACGCGCCCCCACGAGGCCGAGGCCGCGCGCCGCGGCCGCACCCGACCCGCCGCCCUGGAGCCGCCGCAGCAGGAGGCGGUGAAGCCGUCCCCGACCAACGGCCGCAUCCGCUACCGCUCGCCCUCGGCGGCCGACCUACUCCCGGCCGAUGACCUCGCCGCCGCCGCCGGCCCCUCCGCCGCGGAUGCCGCGAGGAUGCGCCGCUUCUCGGCCGCCGCCGGGGCGCGGCAGCAGCAGCAGCAGGGGGAGGCCGUGUCCGACCGCGUCCUCCGCUUCCGCGGGGUCCUCGUCGUGGUGCUCGCGCCGGUGCUCCUCAUCUCGCUCGUGCUCCUUCUCAUGCCUCGCGCGCCCGCCUCCGCUACCGUCGAGGGCUCUGCCGGUGAGCUCGUCGCCGCUGCCGGACGGAGGUGGGGCCCCCGGGCCGUCAGCGGACUUGGGGACGGAUCCACCAGGUACGCUGUGAUAUUUGAUGCCGGGAGCUCCGGGAGCCGCGUGCACGUGUACUGCUUCGAUGGGAACCUGGAUCUGCUGCCUAUUGGAAAGGAAAUCGAGCUGUUCAAGCAGAAAAAACCAGGCCUCAGUGCCUAUGCCAUGGACCCACAAGAAGCUGCUAAGUCACUUGUUUCUCUUCUAGAGGAAGCUGAAAAAGUAAUUCCUGUGGAAUUACGUGAGCAAACUCCUGUCAGGGUUGGGGCUACUGCAGGCCUGAGAGCAUUAGGGACUGAAAAGUCUGAAGAAAUUUUGCAAGCGGUAAGGGAUCUUCUUCAAGACAAGAGCUCUUUCAGAUCCCAACCAGAAUGGGUUACCGUUCUAGAUGGAUCUCAGGAAGGUGCAUUCCAGUGGGUUACCAUCAAUUAUCUGUUGGGAAAUUUGGGAAAGCCUUACUCACACACGGUUGGAGUGGUUGAUCUAGGUGGUGGUUCUGUCCAAAUGGCUUAUGCCAUCUCAGAGAAGGAUGCAGGAAAGGCUCCUCCAGUUGCAGAAGGUGAAGAUUCAUAUGUGAAGGAGCUUCUACUUAAGGGAACAACAUAUUAUCUUUAUGUUCACAGUUAUUUGCGUUAUGGAUUGCUGGCGGCUAGAGCAGAGAUCUUAAAAGCAGGUGAAGGCAAUGAUUACCGCAACUGUAUGUUGGAAGGACAUCAUGGACAAUACAGAUAUGGUGACGAUAUAUUCGAAGCAUCAGGUUUGUCAUCUGGUGCAAGUUAUUCCAAGUGCAGGGCUGUUGCUGUGAGAGCUCUCAAAGUUGACGAACCAGCAUGCACUCACAUGAAAUGUACAUUUGGUGGUGUGUGGAAUGGUGGUGGAGGAGAUGGGCAGAAGAAUCUUUUUGUUGCAUCAUUUUUCUUCGAUCGGGCUGCUGAGGCCGGUUUUGUAAACCCGAAGGCACCAUUUGCUAAGGUUAAACCCUCAGACUUCGAAGAAGCUGCACGACGUGUUUGUAAACUGAAUGUGAAGGAUGCACAGGCCACCUACCCGGAUGUUUCAGAGGAGAACGUUCCAUACCUUUGCAUGGAUCUAGUCUACCAGUACACGUUACUUGUGGAUGGAUUUGGUGUGGAUCCCUACCAGGAUAUUACAUUGGUAAAGAAGGUGCCUUAUAGCAAUUCAUUUGUUGAAGCAGCAUGGCCCCUUGGUAGUGCCAUUGAGGUUGCAUCUUCAUCAUAGCAGAAAUAGCUUGGCUAUAACUUAUGAAAGAAAGGAAGGUCUCAGCAUAUAGUUUUGGCUUAGUUCACCGACUUAGUAGGGAGUGUAGAUCCUAUGUUUGAGGUUAGAUUCUUUUUUUACUUGAUUCACCAUUUGUUGUCCAUUUUCGAUUCUAUUUGUUUGGCCGCCUACACCUUGACGUACACAUGAGGAAUAUAGCUUGCAGAUGUUAAGUACUGACCAUUGUAAGGAUUUUUUUUUUGUAUUAAUGCAAAGCCAUAUCAGAGCCUUUUUUUCA